CCUAAUGCUUUAAAAAACAACAACGUUUAUUGUGACUACAGCAAUCUCCUGAGGUGAAAUUCAACAUUUCGUUGAUUUUUCCCGUCCACCACGACCGUUUGUCUCCUCCCGUGAACUUCGUGGCUGGACAGUGUUGAUGAAGAUGAUGGAGGACAGCGGUGAAAUAAAAACAGCUGUGACUCGGAGCACCUCCGACCCCGACUCGGUGCUUUUACCAAAAUCCCGUUAUGAGCGACGGGCAGCGGCGUUGCGGUUUGUGGCAGAGACGGUGCUAAGCGAGGAGGAGGAGGAUGAAGAGGAAGAUCUCUGCGCUGACAUCCUCUCCUGCUUUAUUAACAACCUGGAGGACCGACAGUGGGAGAGCAUACGGGAGAGGAUGAGAGAACCACUGACACAGGCUCACCUGACCCAGGUGUCGAAGAGGAUCAUCAAAGUGGUGUCCGAGCUGGUCUUCCAGCUGCUGGUCCCGGCCCUGGUGGUCCGUCUGCAGGCUGAAGACUUUUCAGAAGCUUCAACCGGCAAAUCCUGCAAGUUGCGUAGCCAAAGUGCGGAAGAGACUCAGACCAAAGACAGCAGAUCCUCCCCUGAGAUGCUGAGACCCUUCACUGAAGAUCCUCUCCAGAAGUAUUUUGGAGUCAAUGACGACGACGAAUCAUUGGGCAGCUCUGCCUCCCAGGUAUCUGCCAGGAGCUCGCCGGAGGUAAUGCAGCAGGUGAACCAGGGUCUGUCUGUGCCUGCUGUCUACACCCCUCCUAUUGAAAGCUCUGCUCAAGUGAGUGCAGAGCAGGCCCAGGAACAAUCCUUAAGAUCUGCAGGCGGGGCCCUCACUGAGGAGGCUUCAUGGCAGGACAUCGAACAGUUUUUGGAGCCGGCAACAGAGGAGGUGAUAACGACUCUUAUUAAAAGCUUGGACUCCUGUCAAGAGAAGACUGAAGCAGGCGUGAAGACAGAAAGCACUGCUAGGAAAAUCCUACAACACCUGGUCAUCAAAAUGAGGCACUCAAAAAGGACCAUAGAAGAGACAAAAGACAGGUGUUUGGAUAAGUUUGACCUGAAUAGUUUGGAUGAAUUUGGAAUGGGUUACUGUUGCUGCUGCUGGUACCUGCACGAGAAACUUCCGAGCUGCAUCAGCAAAGUAAGAGCAGCCUUUGGAAAGAGCCAAAAGGAUGAAACACCACAGGAGGCAAGCCCUGAAGUCAGAGAUGGAUUACCUCUUCAGGGCGGGGCGAUAACUUAUCCGAUGACUCUGUCCUCUCAGGAGGUCGUCAAAGACCUUUCAUGCAGGAGGUUUCGUCGUACCAGCCAGAAUGAACUGAGGGAAUUCCUCAUGAGGUCCCUGCUCAAGUUUUCCUUGCAGAGCUUCAGGUUACUGACCACUCAUCCUAUACCCUAUAAGGCCUCCCUGGACCCUCUGGCCUCAGAGAUGCUUGAUACUGUAGUCGACAGUGUAAAACAACUGUGCCAGCCACAGCCAAGGAAAUUUACCUUCCCAUGGCAACGGAGUGAAAACACCACAGUGUUUGAGGACCAAGUAGCCUCCACAGCACUGAUGCUAAAACUCAACUUGCAGGAGAAACUGCGGAAUUUUUUAAACUUCUACAGAGAGGCAUUGGAAAAACUAAAGGAGGGUGAAAAGGAAAUUGAAAGGGGGGCUAGCAUUCUAUCCAGCAAGAGUGACAAGGGAGCUGAGGACAUCCAGGAGAGCGGUGUUAUGAAGAGCAUCCACAGCACAGCGACUAGUCCAUGUGAAUCCAGCGUCAAGAGCAUGACAGGUGUGGUGAGGUCUUUCCUGGAUGACACAGAGCAGUCAUUAAAACAAGAUGGUAGCAGGGUCCAAAGCGGUGAUGCAGCACUGACUGGACUGGAAGAGCUGAUCAGCCAGGACAAGCUGUCCACCUUCUCUAAGAUGCUGGCUGACAAGCUCACUAGCAUGUUUCACCAACAGCAGUUGAGCCUGACUGAGUCGCUAUAUGGAAGCAGGAGGGCUUGGUCUGAUUCAGAACUCUGCCGGCCGACAAGAUGUCGUAUUGAUUUCAUUAAGCCCUCUGAACAGGUGUACUUAUUUGUUGAGGAGGCUGUGAAACGCCUGCUGUCAUCGCUCAUCUUCCCUCCGCCAUCCUGGGGAAUGGGUCACAUGAUCCAAGUCCAAAGCGGCGCCUCAUCUGCUGCUAAAUGGGCAGAGUCAGUCAAGAAGUAUGAGGUUGUCAUCAGUGUCUACAGUCAACUGAUGGCCGACCAGGUGAUGGGAAGCAUCAGCAAAAUGCCUGCUGCCUCCAGGCUCCAGCAGGAAGUGGGAGGUCAACAGUCUGUGGACACCAAGGGCAAGGACACCGAAGAUGAGGGAUGUUCUCCAGAUAAAGUACUUGAGCCAAAAACAAAGAACGUCAUCAUCCAUUUCUUCCAGGAACUUCCAAACAACAUCAGGAGGAGACGGAGGUCACUCACCAAAGAAGGCCUACAGAGGACGACAGACAAGUAAUUUUAACAAUCAUUACCAAAGACUUCCCCCUUCACCCUAACCCCCAAACCCCAAACUCCACUCACACAGUCCUAUACCCUCAUCCCAACCUUCAUCAUCCCCCCAUCCUCCCACCGGAGUAAUUGUUGAAAUUACUUGCCAGCUACACCCCCAUAUAGCCCAGCUGGCCCUAACUCAUCUGUGGAAAAGCACCACAUUGCAAAUAAAGAUAGAAAGAAAUUAA